UUCUUCCAGUCAGUUUGGUGAUACCAUGGAGUUUGAAAAUUGAUCAAACGUUGGUUUGCUUACUAAAACAUUGUAUGGAACAAUAGAUUACACCACGAUUAAAGGAUGUUAUUGAAUAGAAUACCAGUUCGUACAACUAUAUUGAGGUCAGUGUUAGUUAGAUCUCAAUUGUUGAAAUCAACUCCCGUAUUUGCCAAACGUUGUUUAGCUUCAACUUUAAUCAAACCCCAAGAAGUUCCAAAAUCGACCGCAAAUGAAAGUAGUACUAGUCCUAAGAAAAGACCAUUAAGUAGAGUUGCUAUUGGUGGAACUGGUUCCGCUGCCAAGUACGCUUCUAAGAAUAGUGUUGAAUUUGCAGCUUGGAAAGCAGUUAUGUUAUUAUUAGUAUUAGGUGGAGGUGCUACUUACUAUUUCUCUAAGGAAAAGGAAAGAUUAAGAAUUCAGAAGGAAGUUGAAUCGAAAAGAAGUUAUGGUAAACCUUUAAUUGGAGGUCCAUUUAAUUUAAUUGAUGAUAAUGGUCAACCAUUUACUCAAGAAAACUUAAAAAAUGAUAAGAAACAAUUUUCCAUUAUAUAUUUUGGAUUCACUCAUUGUCCUGAUGUUUGUCCUGAUGAAUUAGAUAAAUUAGGAGAUAUGUUAAAUGAAUUAAAAUCGAAGAAUAAUAUUGAUUUAUUACCAAUUUUUAUAACUUGUGAUCCUGCUAGAGAUAGUCCUGAAAUUAUAAAGGAAUAUUUAACUGAUUUCCAUCCAUCAAUCAUUGGAUUAACUGGUACUUAUGAGGAAGUUAAAAAAGCAUGUAAACAAUAUCGUGUUUACUUCUCAACUCCUCAAGAUGUUAAACCAGGUCAAGAUUAUUUAGUUGAUCAUUCAAUUUUCUUUUAUUUAAUGGAUUCAGAAGGUAAUUUUGUUGAUGUUAUAGGUAGAGAAGCUGAUGCUAAAGAAGGUGUUGAAAAGAUUAGACUGCACAUUGAUGCCUUUAUUCCAGAAGCUGAAAGAGAGAAGAGAAAGGAUUCAUGGCUUAGUUUCCUUUACAAAUAAGAAAGUCCCUUUCAACCCCAUUUAUGUAUGUAUAUAAUUUAAUGUUUAUGAAACAGGUAUAAGUUCAUGUAUAUAGUUAUUUUUAAAAAAUGAAUUAAA